UUGAGCUGAAACUAAGAUUUGAAGCUAACAGGAGAAGAGCGUGCUCUUCGUAAAUGAUGUCGUUCUUCACGAGGAAGAGCUUAAAGCCAGUAUAAAACGUAUACUACCUCAUCUCCCCUUUUCUGUACUUCUCUUUUUCUGCAACUCUUAAGAGGGACAAGAAGACGAAGAUUCGAUGCCGAUUUAUCUUUCUUCUCAUCGUCUCAAGAUGGAUGAAGAACUGUGUUUCUUCAACAAGGAUACACUCGUCAUUAAGACUCCCAAGAAAACUCCACUAAUAUUGACGAUGGUGGUAUUACUUCUUACAAUGGUUUGUGGAGUUCAUAUCUGCAUAUUCUUUUUGAAGCAUUUAAACACUAGUAAAACGAUGAUCAAGUUCUUAAACAUCGAGGUGAUUGACCACCACAAUGAAUCAUGCCCUGUUCCUCAUCUUGAGCAAUGGGAAAUCCCCUAUGUGCAUUAUCCACAACCUCAAACGUUUAAGAGGAAUGAAUGCUCCUGCAAUCCGGUACGCUACUUUGCAAUAUUGUCAAUGCAGAGAUCAGGGAGUGGAUGGUUUGAGACACUGUUGAAUAAUCACACUAAUGUAAGUUCUAACGGAGAAAUUUUUUCAAUCCCGGAUAGGAGGCGUAAUGUUUCUUCAAUUUUGAAGAACAUGGAUAAAGUAUACAAUCUCGAUUGGUUUAGUAGUGCUUCCAAGAAUGAGUGUUCUGCAGCUGUUGGAUUCAAAUGGAUGCUUAAUCAGGGUUUGAUGGAGAAUCAUGAAGAGAUAGUGAAAUACUUCAAGAAAAGAGGAGUGUCUGCAAUAUUUCUCCUCAGAAGGAACUUACUCCGCAGAAUGAUUUCUGUGCAUGCCAAUAUUUAUGAUAAAGAUACUAAGCAACUCAAUGGCACUCAUAAGUCCCAUGUACAUUCUCCAUUGGAAGCUCAAAUACUUGCAACAUACAAACCCAAGCUUAAUGCCACAUUACUAAUCCCAGAGCUGAAGCAAGACGAGGAGACGGCUGCGAAAGCUAUGCAAUAUUUCAAUACCACUCGCCACAUUGUUGUCUACUACGAGGACGUGAUCAACAACCGCACUAAACUCAAUGAAGUUCAAGACUUCCUUAGGUUGCCUCAUAGAGAGCUCAGGAGCCGUCAAGUUAAGAUACAUACAACACCAUUGUCGAACCAAGUCCAGAACUGGGGUGAUGUUCAGAAGACACUGAAAGGAACAUCAUACGAGAGCUUCCUCGCAGACUAUCAAAUUUCUUCUUCGGCACCACUUUGACAGUGAGAGUGAGGAUGUAUAUAACCUAACCAUUAUUAGUUCACCCAUCUUAUUUCUUGGUUAGUAGUAUAUAGAAUCAGAUUUUGGCAAAUUCAACUUCCUCUAUUGUUUUGAAUCAAUUGUAUCAACCUGCUUCUUAGCCACUUCACCUGCAUCCUGUGUAAAUUUGGUAGCAGAAAAGAAACUUUGUAAAUUCAUCA